GCAGGGACCGGCUGCUGCCCAGGCGGCGCCGGACCCGUGCUGAGCCCCGCCGUGCCUGGUCGCGGGCGUUCCCGGCAGGGUGCCGUCCCUGCGGCUGUGGGUGUCGCGGAGGCAGUGCCCUGUAAGCACGUUAUGCGAAGUGCCCGACCAGCUGAAGCACCGAGCAAAAUAAGGGCUUCCGCAAUUACAGAUCAGAGGAUUAAAACAAGACAAUGGAUUGGGGAGCUCUGCAUACCAUUUUAGGAGGUGUAAACAAGCACUCCACCAGCAUCGGGAAGAUAUGGCUCACGGUCCUGUUCAUUUUCCGUAUCAUGAUCCUCGUCGUGGCUGCAGAGAAAGUCUGGGGAGACGAGCAAGAUGACUUUAUCUGCAACACUCUGCAGCCUGGUUGCAAGAAUGUUUGCUAUGAUCACUUCUUCCCCAUCUCUCACAUCCGCCUGUGGGCCCUGCAGCUGAUCUUCGUCUCCACGCCAGCGCUGCUGGUGGCCAUGCACGUGGCUUACAGGAGGCACGAGAAGAAAAGGCAGUUCAGGAAGGGAGAUGAGAAAUGUGAGUUUAAAGACGUUGAAGAAAUCCGAAGGCAGCGGUUCCACAUCGAGGGCACCUUGUGGUGGACGUACACCAGCAGCAUCUUCUUCAGGCUGGUCUUCGAGGCAGUCUUCAUGUACGCUUUCUACUUCAUGUACGAUGGCUUCCAGAUGCCGCGCCUGAUGAAGUGCAACGCCUGGCCCUGCCCCAACACGGUGGACUGCUUUGUGUCUCGGCCCACUGAAAAGACAGUCUUCACUAUCUUCAUGAUUGCUGUGUCCAGCAUCUGCAUCCUUUUAAAUGUGGCCGAAUUGUGUUACUUGCUGACAAAAUUUUUCCUCAGAAAGUCUAGAAAAGCUGGAAAUUCAAAACAUCACCCCAACCAUGAGAAUAAGGAAGAAACCAAACAAAAUGAAAUGAACGAGUUAAUAUCUGAUACCUGUCAGAACACAGUUAUAGGAUUUUCAAGUAGCUAAGGUGGUGUCAGUGCUGGGGCCUCGCUCUUUUUGGAGUGAAUGUUCAUUGUUUAAAGGCUGCAUUGUUAUAUGAAACAAUUUAAGUUGGUUGAUACUUUGAUAGGCAGCAUCAAGUGUCAACUAUGCACAUGUGUGAAAGUCAGGGCAGCCUAAACAUGGGAAAACUGUGAAGAUUAAAUAGGAAAAUGUAUCUUCUAUGAGUACCCUUACAGGCUGACUGUGACAAGUGAGAAACACUACUGCCUUCAUGCUGACACAGCUGAAAACUAUAUGCAACAGGAGUAAGAACAAAAAUUCUUUCCAAGCUAGAUAUUCUAGUAUUACAAGAUGUUUUUUACUAGUGAUAGUUUUUACUUGUGAAUUGAAAAUUAAACUAUUUUUCUAAAAUCUAAGAUUCCAUGUUAUAUAACAUGUUUAUAGUAUACAACCCAGUGUGGCUUUUUUUCUUAGCCAGGCCUAUACCCCAUAAUAUCAUAUUCAUAGAGAGAAAACAGUGCUAGGCUACUUCUUUAAGCUUUGCAAAUGCUGCUUGAGUCUGGACAAGUAGCUUGAGAUGCACAUUGCUGUCUGAAGGGGCAGCUGUGUGAACACCUACCGUGUGUCCUGUGGAUAAUGAGGGUAGCAAAGUCCCAAGUGCAGAGUUAUGCCUAAAACCAGUGUGAUAACACACAUUUAGCCUAAGUAAACUUGCUUUAAACACCUAUCUGACCUGGUAAUCUUGUCGAUCUUUUAACUGCUUACUACCAGUUUCAUAGUAACAUACGUAUUGUAAAUGUUUCUUUCUCUAGUGCAUUUGUUGUGUUUGUUUCUUUAUGCUAUAUCACAUCAUGGAACUUUUUGUUUUGAUUUGUUUGCUUUUUUUUGCGGUAAACUGAUGGUGCUGUUAAGAAAUGAGGGGCUCUGUGGUUUGAAGGAGAUGGAAGAGUGUCACUGGAAAGGGAACAAGUCUUCUGAAUAAAAGGCAAACACUUUAACCUUU